UUAUUCUUUUUGUUUAUCUCUUCCCGGCUGCAUUAAUUCAUAAAUGAUUUAAUAAGAAAAAUUUUAAGAAAAAAUCCAAAAAAUAAUUUAGAAAAAAUGGAUAAAACACCUAUAAAAUGGUUAAUAUUAGGUGGAGCCUUACGUUACUAUUUGGCCAACAGUGAAUGGGGCAAUAUAUUGGCGAAUCGUAUAGAAAUAGCAACACCCUUGAAUUCCUUUAAAAGAGUACAAGAAGGCAUUUAUUUACUUAAGCAAGGUACAAACCCCUAUGAAGGCGAUAUGGUGCAUGAGAUACCCAUUAUGUUGUGGUUUCUACUCUAUGCCUCUGAAUUUUUGCAGGGUUUAUUGCCCCUGUUGUACGUAGUGGUGGAUAUAAGCACAGCUUGGAUAUUAUACAAAACGAGUAAAAUAUUUGUACGCAAAAAAUUGCAACAACAAUGUAGAGAAUUGAAAUUAUAUGCCAAAGACACGGAAGAGUUACAAUAUCAACCUAUCGAUGAGAGUAAUAUUCCUUUCUUAGUGCUCAUGGCUUAUUUGUUUAAUCCUUUGGCCAUUUUCAACUGUGCCGGUUUAACCUCUACCGUAUUUAGUAAUUUAUUUCUAUCUUUGGCUUUAUAUGGUUUGGUGGAUUUCCGGGUGUUGAUUUUUUUUAUUUGUGUGGCUUUGGAGUUUCAACGUAAUUUGUAUCCCAUAGUUUUACUGGCUCCAGUGGUGUUGAUUUCCAAACAGGAUAAAAAAUUAAAAGGCAUAUUCCAUACCCUGGCCUUUUUUAGUUUGCUGACAACAUCUUUGUUUUUGUUAAACUACAAAAUAAUGGGAAAGGAUAAUUGGAAUUUUAUAGAUGGCACUUUGGGUUUUAUCUUUUUCUAUCGUGAUUUGCAGCCGAAUAUUGGUUUAUUUUGGUAUUUCUUUACCGAAAUGUUUGAUCAUUUUCGCACCAUGUUCCUGGUAACAUUUCAAAUGAAUGCCACCGUUUUGUAUUUGGUGCCCUUGUCUCUUAAGUUGCGCAAGGAGCCUAUUUUACUGGCCACUAUUCUAAUAGGUUUAAUGUCCAUUUUUAGGGCCUAUCCCUGUAUAGGGGAUGUGGCCUUUUAUUUAGCUCUCUUGCCUCUAUGGAAAAGAUCUUGGAAGUUCAUGGCUCACAACUUUAUUGUGUUUUGUUUCUUUGUGGUUUCCUUAUGCAUGCUGCCCGCUUUAUGGCAUUUAUGGAUUUAUUCUGGUUCAGCUAAUGCAAAUUUUUAUUUUGGUGCCACUUUGGCUUUUUCCACCGGACAGAUAUUCCUAGUCACUGAUUUAUUGUUUGCCUAUGUUAAGCGUGAAUUUUGUUUAUUUAAUGGCCAGAAAAUCAUUGUGGAUGGCAAAGAGGCCAAAAUCGUUUUGGGUUAAUAUAGCUGCGAUACAUUCUAUAUACUACUACUUUAGACUUUGUACAACAUUUUCCAACAGCCACUUAUUUAAGGUUUACUUUUUUGUAAUUAUUUUUUAACAAGUAUUUUUUUCUAUUGUAGUUUUAAUUGAUUAUAUUAUAUUAAAUACAAAUAUGCCAUGAAAUUAAUAUGGAA